CCCUCCCAAAAAUCUAUCAGGCUCUCCUUUAAUUCUGCAAGCACUUCUUUCUCUCUCUCUCUCUCUCUCUCUCUCUCUCUCUCUUUCUUUCUGAAAGCUCGUCAAAGAAGAAUCAAGAACUGAAAUCUUCAGAUUCUAACUCAAAAGAUCGAAAGUAAAUCUGAAGAGGGGGUAGUUCUUGCUGAUUUGGGUAAUAAAUAUCUCACAUGCAAUGUGGGUUGAUAUUUUUUCUGUUGUGAUAUAGUUGAAAGAGUAAAUGGAGGAAGUAAUAAACAGAGGGGAUUUGCAUGUAAAAGUUGUUAGGCAAUCAUCAUUAAGGCCAGGAGGCAACAUGAAGUCCACAUUGUCAGGGAGAUCAACUCCUAAUAACUCUCCAACGUUUCGGAGAUUGCAUUCCAGCCGAACUCCACGAAGAGAGGGUAGAAGUGUUGGAGGCAGUGUGCAGUGGUUUCGAAGCAAUCGAUUAGUGUACUGGUUACUUCUGAUUACUCUGUGGGCUUACCUUGGGUUUUAUGUACAAUCAAGGUGGGCUCAUGGUGAUAACAAGGAGGAAUUUCUGGGGUUUGGAGGUAAAACUAGGAGUGGAAUUCCAGACACUGAACAGAAUACGCGACAAGAUUUGCUUGCCAAUGAUAGUUCUAUGGCCGUAAAUAAUGGGACUAACAAGAUUCAGAUAGAAGAGCAUAGAAGGAUAGGUGUUGUUUUGGCCAAGAGUGGGAACAAAGUUUCUUCUAAGCAUAAUAAAGUUUCUUCUUCAAGGAAGAGGAGUAAGAGGGCAGGGCGCAGGUUGCGCAGUAAAGCACGUCGCAAACAAAAGACAACAAUAGAGGCUGGAAGCAAUGAUGUAGAGGUACAGGAACCAGACAUCCCCCAGAAGAAUACUUCUUAUGGUUUUCUUGUUGGCCCAUUUGGGUCAUCAGAGGAUAGAGUUUUGGAAUGGAGUCCUGAGAAGCGAACAGGAACCUGUGACAGGAAAGGGAAUUUUGCACGUCUUGUAUGGUCUAGGAAAUUUGUAUUGAUAUUCCAUGAGCUCUCAAUGACUGGGGCUCCACUUUCAAUGAUGGAGUUGGCAACAGAGUUUCUGAGCUGUGGAGCCACAGUUUCUGCUGUAGUUCUUAGCAAAAAGGGUGGUUUGAUGCCAGAGCUUGCCAGGAGAGGGAUCAAAGUGCUUGAGGAUAGAGCUGACCUUAGCUUCAAAACUGCCAUGAAGGCAGAUCUUGUGAUUGCAGGAUCUGCAGUCUGUGCAUCAUGGAUAGAUCAAUAUAUUGCUCAUUUCCCAGCUGGCGGAAGUCAAAUUGCUUGGUGGAUUAUGGAAAAUCGACGAGAGUACUUUGAUCGGUCAAAAAUUGUCCUUGACCGAGUGAAGAUGCUGGUUUUUCUUUCUGAAUCUCAGACCAAACAAUGGCUAUCUUGGUGUGAGGAAGAAAAGGUUAAGUUGAGAUCUCCACCUGCAAUUGUUCAACUUUCUAUUAAUGAUGAACUAGCUUUUGUAGCUGGUAUUCCAUGUUCACUAAAUACUCCAUCUUCUAGCCCUGAGAAGAUGCUGGAGAAGGGGAGGUUGCUACGAGAUUCUGUUAGAAAAGAGAUGGGAUUGACAGAUAAUGAUGUGCUUGUAAUGUCUCUCAGCAGUAUAAACGCUGGGAAGGGUCAACUCUUACUACUUGAAUCAGCGCAGCUGUUGAUUGAGAAAGAACCAUUGCAAAAAAUAAGAACUGCAGUGGUUAUGGAUGGUGACCGAUCCACCUUAGCUGCGAAACAUCACAUAAGAGCCUUGUUACAGGAGUCAAGAGAUACUGAUAAAUUUUCAGAUAGCCAGUCCAGCAAGUCCUCUAUCUCAUCAAAUGAACCUAAUAAGAAAGGGUCACAGCUAUCCCGUCUCUUGAACAGAAGGCGGAAAAGAAGGAAAGUUUUGUCUAAUCUUGAAGGAGCACAAGAACAGCAUCUUAAAGUUCUUAUUGGUUCUGUUGGUUCUAAGAGUAAUAAGGUGCUUUAUGUUAAAGAAAUGUUGAGAUAUGUGUCUGAGCAUUCAAACUUGUCGAAGUCAGUGAUUUGGACUCCAGCAACUACACGUGUUGCUUCACUUUACUCUGCAGCAGAUAUUUAUGUUAUAAAUUCUCAGGGGCUCGGAGAAACCUUUGGGAGAGUGACAAUUGAAGCAAUGGCAUUUGGUCUUCCGGUGCUUGGAACAGAUGCUGGAGGCACAAAAGAAAUCGUUGAGCACAAUGUAACAGGACUUCUUCACCCAGUUGGGCGUCCAGGAACUCAUAUCCUUGCACAAAACCUCCAAUAUUUGCUAAAAAAUCCAUUUUUAAGACAGCAAAUGGGGAUGAAGGGAAGGAAAAAGGUAGAGAGAAUGUAUUUGAAGCGGCACUUGUACAAGAAAUUUGUAGAGGUUCUCUACAAGUGCAUGAGAGUCAAAUAACAACUACAUGGACUCAUUCUUUAAUUGGUUUCAAUUUGAAGGAAGCUGUGAGUAUGAAUACAAAAUUGUAUUCUCAAGAAACGCAUUGUUUCUCUAUUGAUUAGAAGCUGUAGCCAUUUUACUUUGAAUUUGGAGCACUGAAGUUUAUUUGGUGUACAUAUUAUUCUUGCUUGUAUUCCAUCAAAAUGAACCGCAUGAAAUAGAUGUGUGGUGUUUUCGAGUGCUAA